CCCGUCAGAGAGCACCGAUGAGAUGAGACGCUAACUUUUCACCAAACCAAACCAAGCCCACCGCGCUGUGUUGCACGCGCCGGUCUCUUACCUUGAAUUCGUGCAGGCAACUCGAUCGGCCGGAGACGUACGUGAAGAGCGCAAACAUGGCAGACUACCAUAAGAUCCACCCGGUGACUGUGGGAUCGCCGCCGCCGGACCAGGCCAGGGGCAAGAAACUGAGCCACGACCAGCUGCAGCUGCCGGUCACAGCCCCGGCGCCGCUGCCCCCGCCGCCGUACGCGCCCGCGCCGCUGCCCCCGCCGCGACGUCGCAAGCGGCACAGCCGGUGCUGCAGGUGCAUGUGCUGCACCUUGCUCGUCGUCCUCGUGCUUGUCGUCGCGCUCGGCGCCACCGCGGGGAUCCUGUACCUCGUGUUCAGGCCCAAGAUCCCCAACUUCCACGUGGACCGGCUCAUGGUCACGCGGUUCGACGUGAACACCACGUCGAUGACGGUGAACGACGCGUUCGACGUUGACGUUACGGCUACCAACCCCAACAGGCGCAUCGGCAUCUACUACGACGGCGGCGAGGUGACGGCGUCGUUCAACGGCACGAAGCUGUGCAGCGGCGCGUUCCCGACGCUGUACCAGGGCCACCGGACCACGGUGCAGCCACGCAUCUCGCUCACGGGGGAGACGCGGCUGGACAGCGCCGUCGCGGCGCAGCUGGCGCAGCAGCAGCAGGCGGGGUUCGUGCCGCUGACGGUGCGAGCCCGCGUGCCGAUCCGCAUAAAAUUCGGCGCCAUCAAGCUGUGGAAGAUGACGGGGAAGGCGAAUUGCAACCUGGUGGUGGACAGCCUACACGCAGGCACUAAGCUUCGCAUCCGAUCCAACAGCUGCAGCUUUAAGCUCAAGAUCUAGAGGUUUUUCGCUUAGCUUUAGCUUAAAACGACCGUCCUGACCCAAGCAUGAAUGCAUGAGCGAUCAAUAAGCUGAGUUCAGAAGGUGGUACAGAUGUGCAAUAUUACUGUUGUAAAUCCAUUCUUUCUAGGCAUGUAUAUCCAUUAGCUGAGUGUAAUAAGCUCCUAUAUGCAUUUAAAAUUUCCAA